AUGGCACCAACACAAGUACUUAUCCAACCACCAUCAGUCCUCGGUGAAGAGACGACUAAGAUUACACUCACCACAUACCCAAGAUCAAGCGGUGUCGCACCAGUACCACUAAACUGGGGUGCAUCGACACCAACAGAAAGAGGACCAAUUCUUGUAUCACGAAGUGGUGAUUCUCUUUUCUACCGCAAUGCCAUCGGAGCUCACGGCGGAUCUUACUCAGUCUACAACGCACUUGCCAUUGCAUCAGGGGAUCUACCGCGAGACUUCAGACCCAACUUCAACAAUACUCAGCCCACAUUUGACUUUGCCCAACAAGCAGCAUGGAGCGAUAAGAAGAAGAUUGUUGCCAUGGAUCCUUAUGGCCACAUCGUCUCAAAUGCAUUCGCUUCAGACAUCAAGCAAGGAAAGGACGUCCGUCCGACAAUCGCCAUUACCCGCGCGACUAUGAGAGUGGCUGAAAUCUCAGAGGCUGUCUCGAAAGGCGUACUUCCAGUAGAUGGCGAUAUCGUGCUCAACUCUUUCGGCGACGUGAAAGUCACAAAGGUCGCUGUUGAGCCAGUUUGGUAUCUGCCUGGUGUUGCCGAGCGUUUCGGAGUCACGGAGAACCACCUGCGUCGAACACUUUUCGAGCAGAUGGGCGGAAGUUAUCCUGAGCUCAUUACUCGUCCUGAUCUUAAGGUCUUCCUUCCUCCUAUUGGCGGCCUGACUGUAUACAUAUUUGGCCCUCCGGAACGCGUAUCUGAUCCGAGCGUCAAACUCGCCCUGCGCAUUCAUGACGAGUGUAACGGAAGUGACGUUUUCCAAUCUGACAUUUGCACUUGCCGACCGUACCUCGCAUUCGGCAUCCAAGAAGCCAUCCGAGAAGCACAAAACGGCGGCAGUGGUCUUGCCAUCUACUUCCGCAAGGAAGGUCGUGCUCUGGGUGAAGUCGUCAAGUAUCUAGUCUACAAUGCCAGAAAACGUGGUGGCGACACAGCAGACAAGUAUUUCCAGCGAACAGAAAACAUCGCAGGUGUGCGCGACAUGCGUUUCCAAGCCUUGAUGCCGGAUAUCCUGCACUGGCUGGGCGUCAGCAAGAUUGACAGAAUGCUGUCCAUGUCAAACAUGAAGUACGAUGCCAUCGUCAAUUCUGGCAUUCCUAUUCUCGAACGAGUGCCAAUCCCCGAUGAUCUCAUUCCAGAAGAUUCGCGUGUCGAGAUUGAUGCAAAGAUCAACGCUGGCUACUUCACCACUGGCAAGCAGUUCACUGAGGCUGAGCUCAAGCAAGUCAAGGGCCGUGGUUGGGAGAAGUGGGAGGAUGUCGUGACGCAGCAUUAA